AUAAUCUUCAGUAUAUUCAGAAGGUUUGCUCAGGGUAGACGGUAGCUGAAAAAAACAAACAGAAAAACGUACAAACAACUAAUUGUGUGCGAUAAACAGUGUUUUUGUGGUUUAUUGUUCAAAUACAUUAAACUCGGUUUAAUGAUGAACCCUGAUAUCGGAGCAGGUUUUAGAUUAGGUAACUUCCUUUACCAGAGAGCAAACUUUCCUCUCAAACCAGAAUCCGAUCUUUCAUCUUCUCCGGGGUUCGAGGGUGCUCUAGGGGUACCUCCUCACUCAUCCUUCUCCUCAUCCCCCUCCUCAUUCCCAUCUCCUCCCUCCUAUCCUCUACACAACAAUGGAGACUUCCAUCUUGAGCAGAAUAGUAGUUACGAGGAUGAGACUAGUGAGGAAGAGAAUGAAAGGUUGGGAGAACUAGAGGACGGAGAUGAAGAAGUAGGACCUGGAGAAAUUGACAAGAAAACCGGAGCUGUCAAACCUCCCUACUCCUAUAUUGCCCUGAUAACUAUGUCAAUUCUUCAAUCUCCACAUAAACGAUUAACCCUGAGUGGUAUCUGCGACUUUAUAAAGACCAGGUUCCCGUACUACAAGGAGAAGUUCCCCGCCUGGCAGAACAGUAUCAGGCACAACCUCUCCCUCAACGAUUGCUUUGUGAAGAUCCCCCGGGAGCCGGGGAACCCCGGGAAAGGGAACUUCUGGACCCUGGACCCCCUCGCAGAGGAUAUGUUCGACAACGGAUCCUUCCUGAGGAGAAGGAAGAGGUACAAGAGACCUCAGGUGAUGUCUAGUCCCUACCUCCUGGAUCCCUUCACCAGGAAGCUGUUGUCCCAGUACACGAUGCAGGCCAACAACAUGAUGUCUCGCCCUCCCUUUCCAUCUCAUCCUCCCUUCCCUCAUCUAUACCCUCAACAGGAUAUUAGGCUUCCUCACAUUCCUCUCUACUCCGGUCCCUCAUUCAGGUUUCCUCAUCAGUUUCCCUCUAAUAUUCCUAAUUUACCUGGAAACCCAUCUAGUUCUCCACCAGCCCUUAGUCCCCCUCAGUUUAGUCCUCAAUCUAACACGGAUAUUGUUCAACCCAAGAAGGGAGAUAUAUCAAAGUUUUCCAUUGAAACAAUCAUGGGUAAACCUAAAGUAAAGGAGGAGAAGGUUUAUCCACCCUCUCCUGAACCUAGAUCCAGUCCUUCUCCAGGUCUCCAGGAUACCAAGCAUGGUCUCCUUCACAAUAUUUACUCGGAAUCCAUUCACUCCAACCUAAUUAUGAAACCGAACGGAUUCCCCUUUUCCCAACACGGGACCCCGCCGGUCUCUCUCCCUUCCAUCUUCUUGUCGGGGUUCUCCUUGCCCCCUUCCUGCCCCCUCCCGUCACAACAAAACUAAACACCCUCCCCUAGUGAUAUCAAUAUUAUCAACUCUCAUAAAAAUGAAGAUUUUCUCAUAAGUCAAAUUCCCUGAACCCAAAAAAAGUGUGAUCUGAGUGAAACGGUAGCAAAAUAACGCGGACAUAAAUGCACAAUACAUACUUAGUCAAAACUAAAAAAUAUCGCAUCUUACAAGCGAUCGCUGUCAAGAUCAAAAAUGAUAGUUGUUAUGUGACGCUAGAAAAGCUGUAGCAUAUUGUCUGUUAAUUAUCUAUACAGAGAGACUUAGAAUACACGAGAGUGCAGUUCAAUUUCCUCGUGUUUUCUGAGAUUCUCUGUAUUUUGCAGAUUGGUUGUAAUUGUGUCGCUUCAAGAGUAUUCUAAACUCUCAUAUUUAUAAACAACUGAUAUAUAUAUAUAUUAUUUAUGUUGCCUAUAUGUUUCAACAAUAGCAAUAAAUGUUAUAGAGCU